AUGCAGGACAACGAACAUGGCCCCGAACCCAUCAGCUCCCCGCCUAUGGCGGCAUCCUCCAUAAGACUGCCCAAGAGGCAGGGCACCAUCGACAGCAUAUCACUCUCCCAGUCCGAAGCAAGCCUCCCCCAGAGACGCUCCCACCCCUCCGCCGCCAGCCUGUAUGCCUCAACGCUCACGCCCCCGGGCUCUAGGUCCAUGUCUCCUGUCGGCAGAGGCUCACCCGCGCGACCCUUCUCCCGGGCCAGGUCCGGCUCUGUGACCUUGACGCAUUCUCUCGUCGAUACCGAUGCUGCUUCCGAGCCCGGUAAUCCGCUUAACCUCAUACUCAAAGCGUUCGUUCCACACAUUUCCAUACAUGCGUCACCGGAUACGGAUGGUCUGGUCAAGGAGAAGGGCUUUGAACGCGGUCUUUGGGAGCUCCUCCGGCCGUUCGGCGAGCGCGUGCCGGGCAAGGUGACUGUUAGAGACAGCAACGGGUCAAGUCGAUCGUGGGAUGAUUUCUCGGUGCGCUUCACACGGUUUGGAGAGAAUGUCGAGCCGCCCGACGGGCUGUUGAAAUCCCCCAACGGCCAGGCGACGAGCCCGGCAAUAUCAGCAAGACGGGUCGGGGACGUCGAGGCGGUCGUAAGCAGGCACUUAAACUAUGCGGAACAGUCUUUCUCGAAUCUCAUCCAACCCAGCACACCGACGACUCAUGGGCUGGACAUGGACGCGACGUCUCCGUACUAUGCGCUGUAUCUCAGACGGUUACUCUCGGGCAUACCAGUGUCUGCGCAUGAAUCCUGGGCACACCCCGUGGCUUGCGUCAUCGCUGCGAGCUCACGGGAGCCUGCCCCGAUCGAGACGUUUCGAAGGCUCUACCACGAAUCUACAAAUGGUGACAGGAGGUUACCGCCCUGGGUGGAUGGGGAAUAUCUGCGCUACUACGUACUUGUUCACGAUGAGGAGAACAGUGAUAUCACUAAGACGAUGGCCCUUUUUGACCAGAUGAAGAGGAACCUGGGUCUGCAUUGUCACCUUCUCAGGAUACGGAGCAGCCAAAGUGUCGAGACUGACGACGACAGCGUACCGCUGCCUCGAAGCGAAUGGAUGCCUGCCUCGGAAGAACUCGUUGAUAUAGAGAGGGGCGAGGCCCAGGGCGGACCCGUAGAUCUAACACGGUACAUCUAUGAGUCAGAUGUGACAGCGAUACGGACAUUCAUCCGCGAGAUGGUGACGCAGUCGAUAGUACCGACGAUGGAGCGCAAUAUCUCGGUGUGGAAUGAUCAGGUGGCUUCAAAGCGCAAAGGCAUCAGCGGAAGAUUCAUGAAUCUCUCGAAAAGAUGGACAGGUUUCGCCAGCGGAACUAGGAAUUCCACUGGAAGCUCGUCCUCAAGCAACUACGAGGCAUCGGGAUAUUAUAGGCCAGAGACGCCCGAGGCCAUCAUGCGGAAACUGGCUGACUACGCCUUCAUGUUGAGGGAUUGGAAGCUCUCCAUGUCCACGUAUGAGCUCCUGCGAUCGGACUUCAGCAAUGACAAGGCGUGGAAAUACCACGCCGCCGCCAACGAGAUGGCCGCUCUCGCGCUCCUGAUCAUGCCGCAGAACAUGUCCUCCAAGACCCGCCUGGACAACAUUGUUUCGAUGCUCGAACAAGCAUCUUAUUCUUACAAUACGCGGUGUAGCUCGCCUUACGGUACACUGCGGUCCAUGGCGCUGGGCCUGGAGCUCCUCCGAAUGCGGGGAGGCUCCGCGGUGGACGAGGCGGUCAAAUGGGGCACGCGCAUCAUGGAGAGCCGCAUUACCGGACAGAUUGGCGAUGCGCUGUUCAAGGAGCGCAUGGCUGUGUGCUGUGCUACGAAACAAGGAUUGGGCUCCAUGGCGUGGGGCAGCUGGCGGAGGAAGUCAGCAUUCUGGAGUGUUCUUGGUGCUGAGGCGUGGAUCAACCAGGCCAAAUACAUACAAGCUCAACGGUGCCUCAAUGAAGCAAGGAAUAUGUACAGCCAGCUGGAGAGUGAGGACGGGAUUGGCGGGUGGGCGCUGGCGAGUGAGCACAUGGCACAACUCCACCUGAAGCUGAAAGAAGGGCUUACCAUGGACGGGCUGGAGGACGCACCGGCCCCGGAAGCAGAGGAGAUCGAGCUGCUGGAGGAGGAGGAGCCCGAGCGCUUGAACAAGAACAAGCGAAUGUCGCGGAGGAUGAGCCUGGCCAGUCCUCCUGGUGCGGGAGUUGCGGUUCUUGAGACGGCACCACUGGCGGACGGUGGCGAGACAGAGAAGGCCGAAGCCGAUGAUGGUUUCACUUAG